UCGCAACCCGGAAUCAGAUCGCACCCCUUGCUUCUCUUGGGGGCAUCAUCGUCUUCCUCUUCGUUCUGCAAAUUCGAGGUACGAGGAGGCGAGCCGACCAUGGCCGACGACGAAGGGCCGGCGCUCUACGAGAUUCGCCGCCACGCAUCGGGGCCUUGCGUUUCCAAUUACCCUCCUCAGCAGGUGGCCGAGGCCCCGGGCGGGAGCUUGCUCUCCUUAAUCUCGGGCGUGAGCCGACUGAAACAGAGAUGGAACGAGUACAGGGAGCCGAGGAAGCCGAAGAGGCUGAUUUCGCUGUUCGUCUCGCCGAGUGGGGAGCACGUGGCGGUGGCCGUCGGGAACCGCAUAACCAUCCUGCGCAGGAAGGAUGAUUAUCGGGAACCUUGCGGAAUCUUUAUCAACAGAAGCUUCUGUACCUUUACUGCUGGAGCCUGGUCAGAUUAUCAUGAUGUUCUUGGAGUUGCUGAUGACUCUGAGACACUAUACUUUAUCAAAUCAAACGGUGAUGAGAUAGGGAGAAUUAUGAGAAGAAACCUGAGAGUCCCUCUACCAAUAAUUAGCUUGAUUGCGCCCGACGAUCAUGAUAUGCAGAAAUCUUCCUUGUGCGGCUUUACAGUUGUUACAUGUGAUGGUUCCCUUCAGCAUAUUGAGAUUUGUCAAGAUUCAACUGCCUCUGUUUCUUCCACACAAUACUCAAAUAAUAGUUCAACACUAAAGGGGCAAUUGCAUGAUAUCAUCUGUCUCGACUACCAUCCUAAACUUUUUUUGCUCGCUGUGGUGGGUAGAGAUGUUGGGGGCUUGUCUCUGUCCAAGGGUAACUCUGGUAGCUAUUUGCUCUCUUUCUGGCAUAGAAAUGCCACAUCGGAUCUGGAACAUCUAUACUCUACUGAGUUUAAGGGUGUCUAUUUAUUACCAAAAGGUUACCAAUGUCACCAAUCAUAUCCAAAGGUGUUGAUUUCACCGCGAGGCACAUUAGCUGCUGCUUUGGAUGUGACAGGAGAGAUGCACAUUUUUAGGCGGGAUACUCAAGGGCUUUCUUUGGUGAAUAGCUCACUAGGCGGAAGAAGUGAAGUACAGGAACUCCUCAGUGGUAUACUGGAUUUUACUUGGUGGUCUGAUCACGUUCUUACUCUUGCAAAAAGGGGUGGAGUGACCACUAUGAUUGAUGUGAAAAAUGGUUUAAGAGUAAAGGAUAGUGAUCCUGCAUAUAGUAUCUCAGUCUUACAAAGAGUGCAGGAGGUUGAAGGACAUUUAUUUCUUAUAGAGAUGACACCAUCUGACAAUUCAGCUAUUAAUAGGGAGAAAAAUGGCUCAUACAUCGUAGAACAGAUUACUGAAUGUAAUUUUGAUCAAUUCGAUCCAUCUAGGCUCCAAUGGAGCUUGAUAUCAUUUUCAGAGAAAUCUAUCCAGGAGAUGUAUAGAAUCUUAAUUUUCAAUAAGAAGUAUGAGGCUGCCAUGGAGUUUGCACAUCAUCAUGGGUUGGAUAGGGAUGAGGUUAUGAAGUCACAGUGGUUGCACUCUGACCAAGGAAAGCAUGCAAUACAAAAUUUCUUGAUUAUGAUCACAGAUGAAGACUUUGUACUAUCUCAAUGUGUUGAGAAAGUUGGUUCAACAGAAGAUGCUGCGAAGGCCUUGAUCGAGCACGGUCUGCGCCUCACUGACCAAUAUGUUUUCUCAAAGUCAGAGGAUGGAAAUCGUGCCAUUUGGGAUCGCCGUAUGACCAGACUUCAGUUAUUGCAAUACAUGGACAGGUUGGAGACAUUUAUGGGGAUCAACAUGGGCAGGUUUUCUGUGCAGGAGUAUGUUAAAUUCCGUGACAUGCCUCUGAAUGAUGCAGCUGUUAAACUAGCUGAAAGUGGGAAAAUCGGUGCCCUCAACCUAUUGUUCAAGCGUCAUCCUUAUUCUUUAAUUCCUUUCAUGUUGGAAAUUCUAUCUGCAAUUCCUGAAACUGUUCCAGUGCAGACAUAUAAGCAGCUUCUUCCAGGGAGUCGGCCUCCUGCUAAUAUUGUUUUGAGGGAAGAAGAUUGGGUUGAAUGUGAGAAGAUGGUAAAUUUCAUUCAGAAAUUGCCAAUGGAUGAUGAGACUGCUGUCAAGUUUAAAACUGAACAUAUUGUCAAGCAAUGCCUAGCAUAUGGUUGGCUGCCAGCUGAUGAAAUCUUAAGCUGGUAUAAGAAGAGGGCUAUAGAUAUUGAUAGUUUCAGUGGGCAGCUUGACAGCUGCCUCUGCUUAGUUGAUAUUGGUCGGAGCAUAGGCAUCAAUGCAUUGCAGCACUUUUAUGAGGAUAUUUCAUACUUGAAUCAGCUCAUUUACACAGAUGAUGGUGACUUGAAUCUUAGUCUGAGUCUUGUUGCAUGGGAGGACUUGUCUGAUUAUGAGAAGUUCAAAAUGAUGCUCAGAGGGGUCAAGGUGGAAACUGUGAUUGAGAGGUUACACAACAAAGCGAUGCCCUUUUUGCAAAAUAGGUUACAUGGAGCAGCUUUGUUUUCUGAAGAUAAGGUUGAGUCAUUUUUGGUUAGAUGGCUAAGGGAGAUAGCUUUGGAAAAUAAGUUAGAUCUUUGCUUGGUGGUCAUUGAUGAAGGAUGCAGAGAUUUUGGACAUAAUUGCUUUUUCAAGGAUGAGGUUGAAGCUGUGGAUAGCGCUCUGCAAUGCAUAUAUCGAUGCUCUAGUACCGAUCAGUGGAGUAACAUGGCUACCAUAUUGUCAAAGCUUCCACAGUUGCAAGGUAAUGCUGAUCUUGAGGGAAGACUCAAGCUGGCAGAAGCCCACAUAGAAGCGGGGAGAAUAUUGGCAUUUUACCAGGUUCCAAAGCCGAUAAGCUUUUUUCUGGAGGCACAUUCAGAUGAGAAAGUUGUGAAGCAGAUAUUCCGCCUCAUACUGUCCAAAUUUGUUCGCCGCCAAGCUGGCCAAUCAGAUAAUGAUUGGGCAAGUAUGUGGCGUGAUAUGCAAUCAUUGCGUGAGAAGGCAUUUACUUUUCUUGAUGCAGAGUAUAUGUUGAUUGAAUUUUGCAAAGGACUGCUGAAGGCUGGCAAGUUCUCUCUUGCUAGAAAUUACUUGAAGGGUACAAGUACAGUUGCAUUGGCACCAGAAAAAGCCGAGAACCUCGUCAUUCAAGCAGCCAGAGAGUAUUUUUUCUCUGCAUCCACUCUUGCUUCCUCAGAAAUCUGGAAGGCCAAGGAAUGUUUGAAUCUGUUUCCUGGCAGCAGCGCAGUUAAAGCAGAGAAUGAUAUAAUCGAUGCCCUUACAAUCAAGCUUCCAAGGUUUGGUGUGUCUCUUCUACCUUUGCAAUUCAGGCAAAUAAAAGAUCCGAUGGAGAUUAUUAAAAUGGUGAUAACAAGUCAGCCUGGAGCCUAUCUGGAUGUAGAUGAAAUAAUUGAGGUUUCCAAGCUUCUUGGACUAAGGUCUAAGGAUGACAUAUCAGCUGUUGAGGAAGCUAUUGCUAGAGAAGCUGCAGUUGCUGGUGAUCUGCAAUUGGCAUUUGAUCUAUGCCUUAUUUUGGUUAAGAAAGGACAUGGUCUCGUAUGGGAUCUAUCUGCUGCUAUAGCUAGAGGUCCUGGCCUUGAAAACAUGGAUGUUAAUUCCCGAAAAUUGCUGUUAGGUUUCGCUCUAAGCAACUGUGAUGAGGAGUCAAUUGGUGAGCUGCUCCAUGCAUGGAAAGACCUAGAUAUGCAAGGCCAGUGUCAAACCUUGAUGACUUUGACAGGGACUGGUCCUAAUUUUUCAGUUAAAAGUGCCCUGGUAAACUCAGACUCAGUAGAACAGACAGAAGAAGCUUCUAGUUCGACUGCUGGCGUAGUUCCUAUUAAUGGAAGUACAACAGAUGAUCAAGUAGGUCAUCGUAGUACUACUGAAAAUAUAGUUCUUAGCAUUGCUAGAGACUUGCCCCUUGAGACUGGGAGUAUGUGGGACUCUCUUCUUCUGGAGAAUGAGAGGGUAUCAUCUUUUGCUGCUUCAGAACUUCCCUGGUUGAUUCAAUUAAGUAGGACAGUGGGAUCCACUAAAAAAUUGAAUUCUGGUUUAAUAUUUGGAGAAAAUUAUGUAAAUGUUAGAGCAUAUGCUGUGGUCACCAUACUGUCAUGGCUAACAAAAAAUGGUUUUGCUCCCAGAGAUGAUCUGAUCGUCUCUCUUGCAAAGUCAGUCAUAGAAUCUCAGGCCACUGAGUGGGAAGAUAUCUUGGGAUGCUCAGUCCUUUUGAACCUUGUGGAUGCCUUUAAUGGUGUAGAAGUUAUUGAGGAAGAGCUGAGAAGAAGGCGGAAUUACCAAGAAAUAUGUAGCAUUAUGAAUGUGGGGAUGAAAUAUGGUUUAUUGCACAACUCUGGAGUGGAGUGUGAGGAUUUCAAUCGGAGGAGGGAGCUGCUACUGAGGUUUUUCAAGGAGAAGCACAUGCCAGUUAGCUCAGAUGAAAUGGAAAAAUUUGGAAAUGUACAGUCAACAUUCUGGAGGGAAUGGAAACUGAAAUUGGAAGAAAGAAAGCAUGUAGCCGAUCAUUCUAGAGUGCUGGAACAGAUUAUUCCUGGUGUUGAUACUGCACGGUUUUUGUCUGGUGAUACUGACUACAUUGAAAGUGUUGUUUUUAACUUGAUUGAAAGUGUGAAAAUGGAGAGGAAGCACAUCUUGAAGGACUUGUUGAAAUUAGCAAACACAUAUAGCUUGAAUCGGUCUGAGGUGCUUUUAAGGUUCCUUAGUUCUGUUCUUGUUUCUGACAUAUGGACCAAUGAAGACAUCACAGCUGAGAUAGCUGGAGUUAGGGGAGAAAUUGUUAGCUAUGGUCAGAAAACUGUUGAAACUAUUUUAAUGAUGGCCUAUCCUGCUAUUGAUGGGCACAAAAAACACCGGCUUGCUUACCUAUAUAGUCUGAUCUCAGACUGCUGCAUGCAGUUGGACGAAAAGAAAGAGUCAUUGCCACUGAUCCACCCAGAUCAAGCAAUCAUAGCUUCCUCUGGGUUGGCAAGGUUCUACAAGGUAAUUGAGGAAGAAUGCAGAAAUGUUUCUUUUGUGAAAGAUCUGAACUUCAAAAACAUUGUCAGAUUAGGUGGGUUGAAUUUAGAGUGUUUCCGGGAUGAAGUCUAUCGGAACAUAGAUGAACAUAGUGUGGAAGCCUUAGCUAACAUGGUACGAGCUCUUGUCACUUUGUAUGCUGGCAUCCCACCUGAGGGACUUAUAUCAUGGCAGGACGUCUACAGACAUUACAUCCUCAUCUUGUUGAAGCCAUUGGUGGGUAAUGAGAGAACUAAUUUCACUGUCGAAAUACCUGAAACAUAUCAGGGAUUUAUUGGUCAGGUUGAGCACAAAUAUGAGAUGUGCAGAAAGUACAUAAAGCUCUUGACAGAUUCUGAUAUUUAUGAUAUAAUGAAGCAGUUCUUUAUCAUCCUUGUACCUAAUAUUGUAACUCCUGGAAGUUUACUGGAUACGUCAGCUUCGCAAGAAUGUCUAAUCCUCCUCAUGAACUUCUUUAUCAGAUUGACUGAAGAUAUAGAGGAGGUUUUAUGCCUCAUGAGAUCAAGAGAGAUUCUUAGGUUCAACCCAACAUGUUUCAUGAAGUGUCUUAAAAGUUUUACAAGGCUAGUGAUUGAGGAUAGUGUUUCCCCAAGUCAGGGAUGGGGUACUAUCCUUGGUUGCAUCAACUCUGAUUUUAUGGGGGGUGUUGCUGCUGAAUCAUCAAUUUUUUGCCGAGCUAUGAUUUUUUCGGGUUGUGGGUUUGGAGUGAUUUCAGAAGUAUUUUCUGAAGCAGUAUCGCAGUGCUCAUCUAGUCUGGAAGCUGAGCAAGAAAUGCAAGGUCUUCCCGCUUUAUAUUUAAGUAUAUUGGAACCAAUUCUAAAAGGCCUAGCUAGUGAAGUCCCCAAAUAUCAGAAUUUGUGCAAUUUGUUGUCGUCUUUGAGUAAGCUGGAAGGUGAUAUGGAGAACCAGAAAAGGGUCAGACAUGUGGUUUGGGAAAGAAUGGCUAAUUACUCAAAUGAUUUGCAGUUACCUGGCCGUGUUCGAGUUUAUGCUCUUGAACUUAUGCAGUCAAUCAUUGGUAGACCUAUUAGGAGUGCCUUUACGGAGCAACAGUUAAACGUUUUACCAUGGGAGGGAUGGGAUGAGUUGCAUGAUACAGGUGAAAGGAGAGUAACUAGCCCAAGUCGAGGGGUUUCUGAUUAUUCUGAUUCUUCAAAUAGGUUUACGAGCACUUUGGUUGCCCUUAGAUCAUCACAGAUAAUGGCACCUGUCUGCCCCAGCCUAGAGAUAACUCCAGACGAUCUCUUGGACAUUGGCACAGCGGUUUCUUGCUUCUCAAAAUUAUGUGGAGCAGCUGAUACAGACUCCCAUCUUAAAGCUCUGGUCACUGUUUUGGGAGAGUGGGAAGGGCUUUUUGUGGUUGGAAAAGAUGACAAGAAUUCCAUAGAAGUGACUGAUACAGGAAAUGACUGGGACAAUGACGAUUGGAAUGAAGGCUGGGAAAGCUUUCAGGAAGUAGAGCCACUUAACACAGAAAGCAAAGGAAGUUCUUUCUCUUUCCAUCCCUUGCACGAUUGCUGGUCUGAGCUAAUCCAAAGACAUGUAGCCCUGUCCCUUUAUGGGGACGUUCUACAAUACUUGGAUCUGUCUCUGUCAAAACCAAAUGGCAUAUUAGUCGAUGAAGAUAAUGCUCGGAGCUUGUGUGAGAUGGUGCUGGGAAGGGACUUUCUAUGGGCUUUCAAGGUGAUGAUGUUGCUUCCUUAUGGAGAUUUGCAAUUGAAUUGUCUGAAAGCAGUUGAAGAAAAGCUGAAGCAAGGAGGCAUGACAGACAGAGUAGGCACGGAUCUUGAUGUCCUGAUUCUCGUGCUCUAUUCAGGGGUCAUCUCUAAGAUAAUUUCCGGGUCCUUAUAUGACAAUUCUUUCUCUUAUAUCUGCUAUUUGGUUGGAUACUUCUCACGUCAGUGCCAAGAAGCAUGUUUGUUGAGGCUUGCACGUAAAGAAACAAAUUCAAAUGAAGAUGAGAGGCCAUCCUUAAUUGUUUUCGAAAGAAUCCUCUUCCCUGUCUUUAUAUGUGAACUUGUAAAGGCAGAUCAGAAGAUGCUUGCUGGAUUUAUUAUCACCAAAUACAUGCACACUAAUGCAUCUCUUAGUCUCAUCAAUAUUGCAGAGGCUGGUCUUUGGAGAUUUCUUGAAGGUCAGCUGAACGAACUGCAUCGCGAAGACCUUGAUCUUGAGACAAUGUUCCCUGGUCUAGUACUGAAACAUGCUGUUUCAAGUUUGUUGGGUAGGUUGGUUGAUCUGAUCCCUUCUGCAUUAUCUUUGCUGUCUGCAAGAUGAUAGAAGACCAUCUAGGUGGCCUUUUAUGUUUAGGUUUGUUGUAGAGUUCCAGAGUGAAGUUCUUUCCACAUGCCUCUCCUCGACCCAAAUUUUUGUACUUUUUCUUGACCCCUCAGUUAGUUUUCUCUGUUAAAAGAGGGGUUUCAUAGAAAACAGAUGCAUGGGAUAUGCACAAUGAAAAUGAUAAGAUACUGUCUGACAUGAAGUAUGAGUGCACUUGCACGAUUUCUCA